AUGCGUAUGGAGCUGGCCCCGGGACACACUGCCGACAUGGUGCUGGAGGGCUCCUCUGACUCUCCCAAGGUGGUCCGAGAGAGGCUGGUGUGUCACGCCAUCCUAGGUCACCAGAGUGGGAAGGAGCGCAUCAUGACGGUGGACGUCACAUGUCGGUUUGUCUCACCCAUCCUGGACAUCUCCUCCCAGCAGCUCAGCUUCUAUGUGGAGAAGGCUCCAGGUGUCUCUCUGCUUCCUCUCUACCAAAAGCUGCUCCUGAGGAAUGUGUCGUCUCUGGCCCUCUCUCUGCAGCUCACUCUGGCUGAGCCCUUUGGUCUGUCUGACCACGAUAGUGAUCACACUUGUGUCACUUCUAAGACUUUGGUACUGGCUGUAGGAGUGCAGACGGAGCAGUGGGUGCGCUUCGACCCCUUAUACCGCCAGGACAGUAUGACGCGGGUGGCUGAGGAGGUGCUGGAGGUGCGCUACUCAGACCAUCCUCAGCAGGACACGGUGGGCCUGAGGGGAGAMGUUCACUUCCCCAACCUGCACUUCUCAAGCGCGACCCUGGACUUUGGCUGUGUACUGAACCACACCGAGGUUCAGCGCCAGCUCACCAUGACCAACUGCAGCCCUCUGUCUGUGUCCUACCACUGGGCCUUCCUGGUCGACCAGCAACAGUACAAUAUCAGGGAAAUUGAGGUUCCCAAACUGUUCCUGGAUGAGAAGGUGGAGGAAGAGAAGGGCGACCAAGAGAAUGAGACUAAGGAGGGGAAGGGCUCUCCCAAAGAUCCCCUGUCAGCUCCAGUCACCCUCACUCUCAUCACAGAGGGGAGGCAGAGCCAGGGGCGAGGCAGCUACAACCCCAGCAGACAGGAGAUCAACAGGACCUCACCAGCACAUCGGCCAGCCAGUACUGAUCAGAACACAGGCACAGCAAGCCGCACUACAAAGGACCACCCCAGUGUUGGAGUGGAGGAGGUGUUUGAUAUCCUACCUAUAUAUGGGGUGCUGCAGCCAGGUGAAAGCCAGCUGGUGUCCUUCUCCUUUUACGGUCAUGCUGACAUCAGUGGUCAGGUUCUGGCUCUGUGUGAGGUCGAGGAGGGCCCCACGUAUGAAAUCACACUCAAAGGAGAGGCUUCACUAGUCACCUACAGCCUGAACAGAACAGAGAUAGACUUUGGCCUUCAGCAUACAUUGUUUGGAUCCAUUCCCGCUCUUCUUCUUCUUCUCUUCUUUCUCUUGCAGUUGUUUGACCAUGUGGCCGAGGCAGAGAUCACCCUGAGGAACACAGGGAAGGUGGGCUUUCAGUUCAGUGCUCUGUUGGGGGAGAAGGAUGUGUGUGAGGACCCUCGGCCUGGACAUCCCCUGGUCAUCCCCAGAAUGGGUUACACCGAGGCGAAUGCAGAGCAGAAGCUUUCAGUGUACUAUCUCCCUGGGGUCCCUGAGGUCUUCCACAAGACUUUCCAGCUGCAGGUGGCUUUCUUUGAGCCAGAGAGCAUCACUCUCAGAGGAGAGGGGAUCUUCCCCAGGGUGUGCCUGGACCUACCCAGAGAGCUCAAUGAUGAGAGGUAUACUGCAGUGGUGAAGGAGGCCAAGGAGGCUCUGGAGGAGGACAGGAGGGAUGUGGGCAUCAGCCGGCCUGCUACUGGAAAUGGCCUCCUGUCAGACAAGGACUACAUCCCUACAUAUGAUGCCCUGCUGCAGAUGGAGGUAGAGAGGCUCUUGGUGAAACAGAAUGCCAUGGCUGUUGAGAACAGACAAGUGGACAAUAGAGACACACCUGCGUCCACUAGCAAGUGGCGCAAGAAGCUUAGCAGAUUCCUCCUACCGGAGUACACACUGGAUUUUGGCUAUGUGAUCCAUGGUAGUGUUCCUAACCACAUAGUCAAAGUGACAAACACUGGACCCAUGUCUGUGUCCUUCCGGGCUGACCGCCGCCCACUCACAGGCACGGGAUUUGUUGUAGAGCUGGAUAGAGUGAAGAAUCUGCCCUAUUGUGAGACUGAGACCUUUGAAGUGAAGUUUGACCCACGUGGAGCAAAUCUGAAUUUAGGGGAGAUCAACACUGUCAUGCCUAUACAGGUGGUUGGGGGCCCUGCAGUGCAGGUCCAUCUGUGUGCCGUAGUCACCAUGCCCUCCCUCACAGUCUCCACGGAUACGCUGCAGUUUGACAGCAUCCAGUGUGGGCUGUGUCAGGUAACCACCGUCCAGCUGUUCAACCCCGAGCCUGUCCCCUGUGAGUGGAGCAUCGCAGAGGAGCAACGGCCCAGGAAGAAGAUUGACAAGCAUAUCCCUCUCCACCUGAGACGGAAGGCCAGAUUGGAACAGUGUCCUCCUCCAGUGGUAUUUGAAAUGCUACCUUCAACAGGCGUGCUGUAUCCUGGAGAUAGAGUCAACGUCCAGGUCAAAUUCAGCCCAGCCGAGGGGAGGGCAUACAGCCAGAGGCUGGUGGUGUCAGUGGCCCAAAGCACCCAGAGGAUGUUGCUGCUGGCCCAGGGGCAGGGAGAGGAGCCCCAGCUGGAGUUCUCCUCCUCUGUGCUGGAGCUGGGACCCACCCUGCCAUUCAGUGCUGGAGAGGAGGCUGAAGUGAUCGUACGGAACCCCUGCCCCUUUCCCAUUGAGUUCUACUCCCUGGAGUUUGACAAGAAAUACCUGGAGGAAGAUAAGAUUCUGCGUAUGAUGAAGGGCUAUGAUGUCCAGAACGUCCUGCUGUUGCCCCCACGCGCCCCGGGAGAGUCACUACCUCCUGAGCUAAUCGACUAUUACAAUGAACACAACUGUGAGGAGGAGGAUGGUUACGAUCUGAUAUACCACGACAUUCUGCGUAUGAUGAAGGGCUAUGAUGUCCAGAACGUCCUGCUGUUGCCCCCACGCGCCCCGGGAGAGUCACUACCUCCUGAGCUAAUCGACUAUUACAAUGAACACAACUGUGAGGAGGAGGAUGAGUCCAAGGCUGGCUACCCUAAAGAUGAGGAGGCAUCUGAGGCAGGGGACAAGGGAGAGCAGGAGGAGGAGCUAGCCACCCCACCCUUUCCAGAACGACUCGUGGAGGAGGAGAAAGAGGCAGCUCCCUCCAAGGAUGGGACUCCAUGUGGAGACCUGAUCAAAGACACAGUGGAAAGCAGGACUGCCAGUGUGGGGGACCUGGAGGUCAACCCAGUGUCCAGAGCUAUUGCACGCCACAUGGGCAUUGACCUGUCACCUGAGGGCCAGGCUGCACGAAACCGCCGGGGCAUCGCAAUCAUUGUGCAUGGGGCUCCCCUCUCAGGUAAAACAGGCACAGCAGUGACUCUGGCCAAAUACUAUGGUGCAGCGUGUCUGAGCAUUGAUGCUGUAGUGCUGGAGGCACUGUCCUCAGGGAUGACCUCUGCUGGCCUGCGGGCCCGAGAGCUAUGUGCCAAGGCUGCUAUAGAGCAUGCUCAGAAGAGGGUGGAGGAGGCCGCCCAGGCUGUGGUGGAGGUGAUGGGGCCUGCUGGUCAGGGUGCUGGUACUCUGAGUGUGGAGGCUGUAGCCAAACACACAGCUGAGGGCAGUCAAGUCAUUGACCCCAAAGCUCCAGCCUCUUCCAUCUCUACACGUAACAAGAACAGUGUUGUGGGAGGGAAGAGGAUCGACGGAUCACAGCCCACCGCCCCGUCAAUGGUACUCUGA